AUGUCGAGGACGAAGAAGAACACACCCGGUGGAGGUGGAGGUGGAGCGAAGAACAAAGGCGUGUGGAGUUGGAAUAAGAUGUGUCUCCUUCUCGCCCACGUCCUCCACGAAGUCCAAACAGCCCCAACUCCGGAGCAAUGGACAAAGAUCGCAGCCGCUGUGGGCGAAGGCGAGAAGGCCUGCCAAGACAAGUUCACGAUGCUGGUCACAGAAACAGCCAAGAUCACCGAGGAGGACGACACGAUUAACAAGGCACGGACCGAACUCCACGACGCGAUCAACAAGGCACGGACCAAACUCUUGAACCAGUUGAACAAUGCACGAACCAAUGGGCCAAAGAAGCCACGGAAGUCGAAGCAGCCAUGGCGGAAGUCGAAGAAGCCACGAAAGGCCAAGAAGAUGUCCCAGACGGUCCAGACCACUGCAGAUACCAAUCACACCGUGGUGCAAGCACAGGAUGGUCUAUUCGUUGACCCGAACCCGACGGCCAGCCUAGUCGACCAAACUCACGCCCACAUUCAAGAGCCCGUUGCCGAGACUCAAUGUACGCAGCUCAGUGAUGAUGACCUGAUGGACAUCUGA